GAGCGUGAUUGCAGUCCCAGGGGAAGAAGUCCGAGCUAGUACACCAAUUACAAACCACAGGUUUCCUGCUGUAGGGAGCUGGUCUUGAAUUGUCUUUCUUGAAAGGAAGCAUUUCAACCCUGCCUCCUGAAUUUCCAAGUCCAUCCACGAUUCAGGGAUACCGCCUUCUCCCUCUGGGAUUUUUCUGUCGUUUUUGGUAGUGAAUUGUUCUAUUUACUACUUCGUUUCUUAUCUCUUCCAAGAACUGACCAUUUAAUACUCUGUACGGAGGCCGGGGGCAGGGUAUGGGGAAGACUUUUGUUAGAUUUUAGAGAUGGUAUUGGAUCUUCUUUAAGCAUUUCCAGAGUUCUUGAGGACAGUAGCUCUCGUCCUGGGAUAAGUUUCUGCCUUUGACCUGCGUGGAUUGCUUUUUCCGGCUGCGGAGUUUCUCGGCACCUACCUGUAGUGCGGUCACUUGGUCUGACUGCAGAGUGAGAAGGUGGAAGAACCCUGAGCCACACUGGGUCAAGCAGCUCGGGUCUUUUUUAAAGCAGGAUUUAUAAAAGCAUAAUUGAAUUUGUUUCACUCCCGUGGACUCCAGUGGGCUCGACAGCGCAACAGGGCAGCAUGUCUUCGUGUUUUGAGCUGAAGUUCCUCACUCACCUCCGAUGCUCUGCUUUAGCUGUUUAUUGACCUUAUUUUGUUCAACGGCCUUGGGUUUAGUCCCUCAGAAAUCUGAUACAUAUGGAAGACCAGCAGCAAGUGAUCUGACAUAAUACCAAUCCAUGUUUGUAUCUAAAGCACAUUUGGAAAUUCCAAAGAAAAGAGGUGGCAUUUCUGUAUUCGCAGAGACAAUGGGAGAAAACGACAUACCUGCCCCAGAGGUGGGCUGAAAAGACCAGCUUCUCUUCCCAAUCGGGAACACCACUGGUGCUUGGGAAUCUGCUUAGAAAAGGGAAGCAGCAGAAUCCGACUUGGCUCUCUGAAACGGAGGAACAGCAUCUUUCCCCUCGUUUUCUGCACUGAGGACCUGCCUUGCAGAUGAGCUAGUGGAAGGAAGCGGUAUGCAUGGUCGAAGAGCACUGAUGCAGCUGGUAGCAUGAGUGCUGGCCGUCAGCUGCAGCUGGCUGUCCUCUGGCCCUGGCUGCUGAUGGCGACCCUGCACGCAGGCUUCGCACACACAGGACUGGUGUUGGCAGCAGCAGUGGAGUCGGAAAGAUCAGCAGAACAGAAAGCUAUUAUCAGAGUGAUCCCCUUGAAAAUGGACCCCACAGGAAAACUGAACCUCACUUUGGAAGGUGUGUUUGCUGGUGUUGCAGAAGUGACUCCAGCGGAAGGGAAGCUAAUGCAGUCCCACCCCUUGUACCUGUGCAAUGCCAGUGACGACGACAACCUAGAGCCUGGGUUCAUCAGCAUCGUCAAGCUGGAGAGUCCCCGACGAGCUCCUCGCCCCUGCCUGUCACUGGCCAGUAAGGCCCGGAUGGCUGGCGAGCGAGGAGCCAACGCUGUACUCUUUGACAUCACCGAGGAUCGAUCAGCGGCCGAGCAGCUGCAGCAGCCCCUGGGACUGACUAAGCCAGUGGUGCUGAUCUGGGGUCAUGAUGCGGAGAAACUGAUGGAGUUUGUGUACAAGAACCGGAAGGCCUAUGUGUGGAUUGAGCUGAAGGAGCCCCCCGCUGGGGCAAAUUAUGAUGUAUGGAUCCUCCUGACCGUAGUGGGGACCGUCUUUGUGAUCAUCCUGGCUUCGGUGCUGCGCGUCAGGUGCCACCCCCACCAUAGCAGACCGGAUCCUCUUCAGCAGCGGACAGCCCAGGCCAUCAGCCAGCUGGCCACCAGGAGGUACCAAGGCAGCUGUAGACGGGCUCGAGCGGAGUGGCCAGACUCAGGGAGUAGCUGCAGCUCAGCCCCCGUGUGUGCCAUCUGUCUGGAAGAGUUCUCAGAGGGGCAGGAGCUCCGGGUCAUUUCCUGCCUCCACGAGUUUCAUCGAACUUGUGUGGACCCCUGGCUAUACCAGCAUCGGACUUGCCCCCUCUGCAUGUUCAACAUCAUAGAGGGAGAUUCAUUUUCCCAGGCCCUGGGAGCCUCUCCAUCUUACCAAGAACCAGGCAGGAGACUCCACCUCAUUCGCCAGCAUCCUGGCCACGCCCACUAUCAUCUCCCUUCUGCCUACCUGUUGGGUCCAUCUAGGAAUUCAGUCACCCGGACCCCAAGACCUAGACCCUUCCUGCCCUCCCAGGAGCCAAGUAUGGGCCCUCGGCAUCAGCGCCUUCCCAGGGCUUCACACCUUCGGGCGCCGGAAGAACAGCAGCACUUGGCAGUAUCCCCGCACUCCUAUGCACAAGGCUGGGGGCUGAAUCGCCUCCGAUGUACCGCUCAGCAUCCCACAGCUUGCCCAAUGGCCCUACGACGGGCCAGGCCUCAUGACAGCAGCGGGUCUGGAGAAAGCUACUGUACAGAACGCAGUGGUUACUUGGCAGAUGGGCCAGCCAGUGACUCGAGCUCAGGACCCUGUCAUGGCUCUUCCAGUGACUCAGUGGUCAACUGCACGGACAUCAGCCUGCAGGGCAUCCAUGGCAGCAGUUCUACCUUCGGAAGCUCCCUGAGCAGUGACUUUGACCCGUUGGUAUACUGUAGCCCUGAAGGGGAUCUCCAAGGGAAAGGGAUGCAACCUAAUGUGACCUCUCGACCCCGCUCGCUGGACUCAGUGGUACCCACGGGAGAGACCCAGGUUUCCAGUCACAUACACUAUCACCGCCACCGCCACCACCACUACAAAAAGCAGUUCCAGUGGCAUGGCAGGAAGCCUGGCCCAGAAACUGGGGUCCCACAGUCCAGGCCUGCUGCUUCUCACACUCAGCUAGAGCCAUCUCUCCCUGACCAGCAACUCACCACACCCAACCCAACAGCUUCUUCAAUGCUCCCCAACCCACAACGGCCCAGGGCCCUUACAGAGCCUGCCUCUGGCCUAGCAGAAGCUGCCAGCCCCAGCCCCAGCCCCAGCCCCAGCCCCAGCCCCCACAGUCUUUUGAACUUACAGAAAUCCAGCCUCACUGUCAGACACCCACAGAGAAAACGGCGGGGUGGCCCAUCAGAACCCCUGCCAAGCUCUCUGCCCCAGGACUUGACUGUGCACACAGCUUGCCCGGUUUUCCCCCACUACAGCCCCAGUCUAGUGUACCCUUGGCCCCCAGAGGUUCAUCCACUGAUGUUCAGACCUCCAGGCCUGGAUAGGCGGCUGCUACAUGAAGUCCCAGGCCCCUGUUACUCAAGUUCACAGCCAGUGUGGUUGUAUCUGAAUCCCCACCAGCCUCUGGGACCAUGCUUACCUGAAGAGAGACAUUCUAAGUGGAGUUUUGACACCCCAGAGGACAGAUGUCCUUACUCACAUUGCCAGGUGCUGCCAGCCCAGUCUGGCUCGGAAGAGGAGCUGGAGGAGCUGUGUGAACAGGCUGUGUGAUAUGACAUGGUCAGAUGAGGCUUCGGCGGUGGCGACUGUGCUCCCGAUGACUCAGGGUUCUGCCUGGCAUAGGGUCCUGCUCCUGGGAGGAGCAAGGGCCUUAGCAAGCACCCCUUUGUACCAUGCUUCCUGGGACCACUGUCAGAAGAGUGGUGGCAGUGGGUGGCAGGAGUGCUGUCUCCUGCCCUCAACUCCCAAGCUUGUCUGUGGAAUACACCUACAGUGCAGAAAGUCUUGUGUCAAGCCAGACAACCAGCCAGUAUCCAGUGUGCACUUGUGGGGUAGACUCCUAAAGGCUGAGUUUUUGACAGGAAGCUCUAGGUGAAUAUCUAGAUGUCCUAAAGGUGCUGCUCUUUCCCCAAGCCCUGCUGGGUUCCCCGGGCUAGGUUCCCCGGGCUGGGUCUCCGUUGCCCAGGCUUCAAGUUCACACAAGCCAGUUGGUUCCGCUGGGUGCAUGACCACUGCUCACCUCCUUUCAAGGCUUCUCUGGGACAACUUCAGCUUUAUCAUUCCGUCUUCACAAAAGAACAAGGUGUUUAGGUGAACCCCAGUCCCAAGAGAGGUCUCGCUCGGCGCCUUCUCCAGCCUGCACCUGCCUGCUUGGUGCUCAGGGAGGGCCGGCUCUUCCUUCCCGUUCUUAAACCAAUCUUACCCUGAAGACUUGGGGGAGUCAAAGAAUAGAGUUCAGUCCCAGAGGUGGGGACUGUGCCGGACCUGCCUGGGAUGAAUCUUUUGAUUAUCAAACUCCUUGUCCCUUUGGCAACUCCAGUUCCUCUGAGGCAGGGAACAGGAAUGGAGGGAAUUAGUGCUCCUUGAAGCUUUCAUGUCUCCUAAGUCCAAGGCAGGCAGAAAUGAAUGUCUACUAAACUUCAUCCGGGAAGAGGGGGGGAUGAGAGGAAGGUAGAGAAGGCACAGCUACAGCCAAGCAAGGAGUCUCCUCUGAGAAAUUCUUGGCGCAGAGAUGGAGAAUGUAACCUCGUGGGUCUGCAGGGCCCAGAGGCCCACCUUUCCAGUAUAAGCCAUACAAACCAGCAACCCAACUGAAGGUGUGCAAGUGGAACUGGAGCAAAAAGUUGGCCUGGGCAGCUUGUACCAAGUGGGCAAGGGCUGGUGGACCUCCUGGGGCUCCUCGUCCUAGCAUCCUGACCAUUGUCAGCCCCUCGGGCAGUAUCCUUGCCUGGAAUGUGAAUGUGGGGGCAAAAUGGACAUGGGAUCCUACUUGGGGACCUUCCCUCCUCAGAGUCAGUGGGGAGACUGGCAUCCAGACGCCCACAUGGGUAUUUAUAUCUGAACCAGACAGAAAGAUGCUUGAAUCAGGCACUAUGUUGA